AUGGAAGGAUUUGUGCAAGUAAAAUCAAGGGAGAUGAUAAAGCCCUCAUCUCAAACUCUUCUCCAUCACAAAAAAUUGAAGCUUUCAUACAUAGAUAGAUUAUUUAGCCCCUUGUAUGUUCCUCUCAUCUUCUACUACAAAGCUGAUGAAUCAAGUGGCUUGACUGCUUCUAACCAUCUCCAAAUAUCCCAACAAUUGAAACACUGCCUUUUACAAGCACUGGUGUCCUUCUACCCCUUAGCCGGCCGCCUUAAGAGCAAUACAUUGGUGGAAUGCAACGACGAGGGAGUUGAGUUUGUUGAGGCCCGUGUUCAUGCUCAUCUCGAGGACUCCUUGUACAUGGAUGAUCAGCUGAAACACUUCCUUCCUUCGAGUUGUACUAAAUACCACAGUGGGAAACGCCCACGACCGGUGCUAGUCGUGCAGAUAACUUUCUUUGACUGUGGAGGGCUUGUUGUCGGCGCGGGUUUUUCACAUGCCAUUACCGAUUUGGCUUCUGCGAUGGUGUUUCUCCAUUCUUGGGCAGCUGCCUUCAAAGGUGAAGUGAGGAUCGAUCGCCAUAACUUUGGCACAACCACCUGUUUUCCGACAUUAAGGAUCGUACCGUUCUCCAAGUUCGUGAGAUUUUUCAAGCCAAAUGAAAAGUUCACAACCAAAAAGUUGGUGUUCAAUAAAGAAAAACUGGAUAUAUUGAGGAAAGCUGCAACCUCAACAUCAGAAUCUUGUGUCAAAGAUCCAAGCCGCAUCGAGGUCGUCUCAUCUUUCAUAUGGAAGCAUUUCAUGUUAGCAAGAUUACAAAAAGGGGAGGCUAAGAAGAUCUACCCCGCGUUUCAUGCAGUGAAUCUGAGGCCAAGGACGAACCCGCCUCGCCUUCUUGAAAAUGUUUUUGGCAACUGCAUCAUGUUAGCAAUGGCCUUCCCUGGUUCUAACAACAACCUGCAUCUCCACGAGCUCAUUGGAAGACUGAGAAGCUCGAUACGAAGAGUUAGAGGUGAUUACAUCACGAAGCCGCUGAACAAGGAGAGUUACAUGAAGGAUAUGCUAAAGUUAGGGUUCCUGCUUAUGAUUGGAAAAGUGGAGUGGUGCUUCUUCACCAGUUGGCGUGGAUUUCCGACGUAUGAGCUCGAUUAUGGCUGGGGAAAGCCGGUCUGGUUUACUACACCGUCUAUGCCGUGCAAGAACUUAAUAGUUUUGGUGAGCAGCAAGAGCGGCGACGAUUUAGAAGCUAUAGUCAUCAUGAAGCCGCAAGACAUACAAUUCCUUGAUGCCCAAAUCAACCUCAUUUCCACUAAUAUUUGAAACAUUCAAUUUUCGUAUCAAAGCAUUAUCAUCUUGUUUUAAGUGGUCCCACUAUAGUUGAGUGUUAUUCUUUUUUAUUUGAGCUAUAAUAGUUGAGAAUUUGAGAUA